AUCAGUGCCUUGAACCAAGUCGCCUGCAUUGCAUCAAGGGGUACCUCGUACAUGGACACCGUGGUGAGCAACAUGCACUCGCCGUGCGGUUCCCUGCCAGACCCCGACUGUCAGGGCUACCUAUGCAAGCUCAGUCAGCAGUGGAAAUCUUGGAAGAAGAGGUUCCUCGUGCUCAAGGACGCCUGCCUCUACUUCUACAAGGAUCGGAAUGCUCCAGUCGCCGUGGGCGCGUUUCUUCUUCACGGUUAUCGCGUACAAAGCUGCUCUAUGACCGGCAAGAAGAACACGUUCGAGGCGAUACCCCCCGAACCUUUGAUGCGGCAUCUGCGAUUCCUGGCUGACACCGAGUACGAGAAGAAACGGUGGCUUGCUUCGAUGGAAUAUUCUAUCGACCGGUGGAUAAAAGUUUGAUGGUAGCUUAAACUGUAGCUGAAUUGUGCCAAAAGCAGCUCCAAGAUGGAUUUUACGCCAACAGUGACUCAGACUACUUGACGUGAGACGUGCACCGUGACCUCGACGGAGGAGGGCACAGAAGAACAAAGAGAAGACAAAGCGAGAGAGAGAGAGAAGAAAAAAAAACGGUCCGCGCAUAUCUAGAUUGCAGCGAUAUACCCCGGACAUUGUAUUCGUGCGAUUGCGUCUUCGAGUGGAUACACCUGCAGAAGACAUGCCAAACCCCGAAGAGAGAUAGCGCAGUUUGUUGUGUUGUGCGCAGUGUGCGACGUAAGUUGUGUUUGAGACGUCGUUCGAGCUAUAAGAGGACACUAAUAUACUUAGGAAUCUUGAAAUUGAGCGUUUCCUCGCGGAGCGCGCCCUCGUUAACAGUUGUGCGUUGUUGUCGUCUUCUCUUCUUCCGAGUGGCGUGUGCCUCCGUAUGAGGGUUUACAAA